CUCCGCAACCAGAACCAGUCAGAACCCCAGCAAGCACAAAGAGACUGUCUAAGACGGGUCUCCAUCAGUUAGAUGUGAAAGAAGAGCUUUCAACAGUUGGGAAACGGACAAAGUCACCAGAGAGAGCCACAGGCACACCAGCAGCAGUUCAAGAAGAGACUAGCACCACAGUCUUUAUGAAAACUCCAGGGCAGAAACUGGAUUCCACAGGAAAUUCAACAGGACAUAAGCGAAGGUCACGGAUGCCCAAGAUCAGGACUCAACCCCUGGAAGACCUGGCUGGCUUCCCAGAACUGUUCCAGACACCAGCUGGUGCCAGUGACCCAGUGACUGUUGGGGAAACUACAAAGAUGGCUCGGGAAUCUCCGCAACCAGAACCAGUCAGAACCCCCAAAACAAAGAGACCGUCCAAGACGGGUCUUGUUGAGGUGGAUGUCAGAGAAGAGCUCUCAGCAGAUGGGAAACGGACAAAAUCACCAGGCAGAAAAACACGCACACCCAUGGCACCAGUGCAGGAAGAUAAUGAUGCCACAGUCUUUAUGGAAACUCCAAAGCAGAAACUGGAUUUCACAGACAAUUCAACAGGACAUAAGCGAAGGUCGCGGACGCCUAAGAUCAGGACUCAACCCCUGGAAGACCUGGCUGGCUUCCAAGAACUGUUCCAAACACCAGUUGGUGCCAGUGACCCAGUGACUGUUGGGGAAACUACAAAGAUCUCUUGGGAUUCUCCACAACCAGAACCAGUCAAAACCCCAGCAAGCACAAAGAGACUGUCCAAGGCGGGUCUUGUUCAGACAUAUGUGAAAGAAGAGCUUUCGACAGUUGGGAAACAAACAGCAUCACCAGGCAGAGCCACAGGCACACCCACAGCACCAGUGCCCCAGGAAGAAGGCAUUAAAAUAAUUAUGGAAACUUCAAAUCAGAAAUUGGAGUCUUCAGAAAAUUUAACAGGGCUUAAGAGACAGCCAAGAACAUGUAAGGAAAAGGCCCAAUCUCUAGAAGACUUGACUGGUUUCCAGCAGCUCUUUCAAACACCAGAUCAUGGCAAUGGUUCAUUAGUUGUUGGCAAAACCAAAGAAAUGUCCUUUAAUUCUCCACAGCCAGAACCUGUCAUAACCCUAAAAAGUGUAAAGAGACGGUCCAGGGCAAGUAUGGCUAAAAUAGAUGUGGAAGAAGAACUUUUAGAAUCAAAGGGACACCUACAGUCAGGAGAAGCCACAGACACACUCCAAGUACCCACCGACAACAGAGUCAUUAGGGCAUUGAAUCAACCUGCCAAGCGAAAAUUGGAUCCAAAAGCUGGUAUGCCUAGCAUCAAGAGGCCACGGCAUGCUUCUAAGGAUAAGACACCAUGCCAGGAAGACCUGAGUGGCUUCCAACAGUUCUUACAAACACCAGGCUAUGCUAAGGACUCAUUGACCAUUGGUGAAACCUCAAAAAUGCUCGCCAAACCUCCACAAUCGGGACCAGUUAGAGCCCAAACCAGCAGAAAGAGUCUGCCCAAGAUCAGCCUCAGGAAAAUGGACACGACAGAACUUCCAGAACUCUGGAAGCAGUCACCAGGCAGAGCCCCAACAGCACCAGUACCGGAAAAUAAUAGGGUAAAAGCAGUUAUAGAGACUCCAAAGGAGAAACUAGAGACUGCAGCAGAUGUAACUGAGCUUACCAGAGAGCCAAGAACACCUAAGAAAAAUGUCCAACCCUUGGAAGAUCUUGAUGGCUUCCAAGAACUCUUCAAAACACCAGGCCCCAGCACUGAUCCAUUAACUGGUACCAAAAGAACAAGAAUGUCCUUGAAAUCUCCACAACCACAACUUGUUAGUACCCCACAAACCUCAAAGAAACUGUCCAAGACAAGACUUGGGAAAGUUGGUGUGAGAGAAAUGCUCUCUCCACUGAAUGUGCCAAGGUGUACUACAGGAGAACUUGUACAAAUGCCCAGACAGCCAGAAGAUGAUGGCACAGGGAACAAAGAUGUGAAGGAAUCCACAAAGCAGACACAAGGCCCAUCAGUAAGUGUAACUGUCAGCAAUAGGCAGCGAAGGCCAUGCAAGGGAAGGUCUCAGUCCUCAGAAGACUUGUUUGGUGUCCAGGAGCUCUUUCAAACACCAGCCAGCAGCAAAGACCCAGUGACUGUUGGGGAAACUACAAAAAUUUCUUUGGAGUCUCCACAACCAGGACAUAUCAGGACCCCAGCAAGCACAAAGACAUUAUCCAAGAUGGGUUUCAGGAAAGCAGAUGUGAAAGAAUGUCAUGUACCUGAGAAACAAACCAGGCAGUCACGGGGCAGAGUCACACGCACACCAGCACCCAUGCAGGAAGAGAAUGACACCACUGUCUUUAUGGAAACUCCAAAGCAGAAACUGGAUUUCACAGGAAGUUCAGUGGGGAGCAAGAGGAGGUCACGGACACCUAAGAUCAGGGCUCCACCCCUGGAAGACCUGGCUGGCUCCCCAGAACUGUUCCAAACACCAGCUGGUGCCAGUGACCCAGUGACUGUUGGGGAAACUACAAAGAUGGCUUGGGAAUCUCCGCAACCAGAACCAGUCAGAACCCCAGCAAGCACAAAGAGACUGUCUAAGACGG